GGAGAGGCAGUCGGAGCAAUUUGAACAGCAGUCAGUCACAUUCCUUGCAACUUGGAUUAUUCUUGCACGCCUCUGUCCGAUGCUGACAUAUUUUAUUACCAUGUUCAGCUCUACCUGAUCCCCCUACAGCACUUUUGUUUUGUCCCGAGACAGUUGAUUUAAACUUUGCUUAAUGAUGCUCAGCGCUGCGAAGAUUGACAACAAGAGCGGCAUGAUUGCAGAAGUCCACACCAGGAUAAGAUUGGAUCCUUUCUCGGACAAUUACGAGCUGGCUGCCAAAGAACUAGGCCGGGGAAAAUUUGCGGUGGUGAAGAAGUGCACGGAGAAGGCAACGGGCAAGCAGUACGCUGCCAAGUUCCUACGCAAGCGGCGGAAGGGUCAGGAUUGCCGCGUGGACAUCCUCAAUGAGAUCGCCGUGUUGGAGCUGGCCAAGUGCAACCCGUACGUGGUGGCCUUGCACGAGGUCUACGAGACGGCCACCGAGAUCGUCCUGGUGUUGGAAUGCGCUGCCGGCGGCGAGAUCUUUGACCAAUGCGUCGCCGACAACGACGACGCCUUCACGGAGAAAGACGUCAUCCGGCUGGCCCGGCAGAUCCUGAUGGGGGUGGCCUUCUUGCAUCACAACAAUGUGGUGCAUCUGGACCUGAAGCCACAGAACAUCUUGCUGACGAGCGCCAGGCCACUGGGUGACAUCCGGAUUGUGGACUUCGGCCUGUCCAGACGCGUGGACAGCAUUAGCGAAGUCCGGGAGAUUCUGGGUACUCCUGAGUAUGUUGCACCAGAGAUUCUCAGCUACGAACCCAUCACCACUGCAACAGACAUGUGGAGCAUCGGGGUUCUGACCUACGUCAUGCUGACCGGCGAGUCGCCCUUCUUGGGAGAAGACAAGCAAGAGACGUUUCUCAACAUCUCUCAGGUCAGCGUGGAGUACUCGCACGACACCUUCCAGGACGUCUCGCCGCCGGCUGUCGACUUCAUCAAGUCCCUGUUGGUGAAAAACCCCAGGAAGAGAGCCACGGCGGAGGAAUGUCUGAGCCACCCUUGGCUGAACCCCCACCCCCUCGUGCAACUCCACGCCACGCCGUCUUUGUCGUCCUUGGAUGAACCCGACACUGGCGACAGCAGCCAGUCCGAGGAGUCGGAGCCCGAGAGCCCGGCGCCGUCCCCGGAACUGGGCCUGAUGGGUUCGUACCUGGCGUGCCCGUGCCAGGGCGAGCUGAAGACGGGCUGCGGCUCGUUCUCCUUCACCGAGCCGCCCUUCGUCCCUCGGCCCGAAAUACAGCAAGAGCUCAUCUGCUGAAGGAGACGCGCUUUAGAGACGCUCGUUUGGACUCAGUCGGGGAAACAACGAGAAUGAAGAAGACGGGUUCCUCGUUUUAAACAGAACUAGUUUCCCCACCCGAAUUGGGUCGCAAGAAGUAACCCAAACUGGUUCCGGUCGUUCAUCCAUCUACAAUGAGUUUUUGGUGAAGGAGGAGCGGGAAAAUAAUGUUUGGACAUUUUAAAGUGAGCUUAGCGCAAAAGAGGUUUUUUUUUUUAUGUUUAUUUAAGUUACAUUUGCCUCUACCGUCAGUCUGAGUCAGCAUUCUCACUUUUUCAAUACAAUUUUGAGAGCACUUUUAUUUUAUUUUUUAUUUUUAUAAAAAUCUCAUUUAGUUAAAAAGGACUUUUCACGUAAUCGUACAGCCCGAACCUACUGUACAUAUGGUAAAAGUGCCACGAUGUAUUCAUAUUGUUCUUUUGGGCGUUUGCACAAGUCUUCGCACCUUUUUGUUUUUUAUUUUUAUUUUUUUUUAACAAUUUGUACUUCAAGAAUGCAGCAAGAUUUUGAAAAUAACUGAUGGAGGCUGAAACGGUAACCAAAGAAGAGUCGUACAAUACACAACGCUCGGGAAGGGAGCAAGACGUUGUAAUAUUUCCACCAAUAAACCGAAGUCUUUCUCGCCCGUCCGUCCGUGGAUCAAUUUGGUUGCUAACAUGUUUGGCUUUUUCAAUGUUAUCUUUUUAUUUGUUUUCCGUUGUUAUUAAUGAUGCCUUUUGCUUGUGGAUUUCAGCCAAUUUUGCACUUGUCCUCAUGGACUUUUUUUUUUUUGUUUAAAGUUGAAUAAAUGUUAUUGUUAUUGCAGAGAAAUACAUGUACAUUUUGUAUCAAACUCUUA